UUUUAAUUUUUCUUUUUUCCCUUGGUGACUCGCUCCUUUCUCUCCCACACCAAACCGAUAGUUUUGGGUUCUCUUCUUAUGUCCGAUCCCCAAACAGCUAGGGUUUCGCGUUUCUGGAUUCUCGAUCGAAUUUUACCAACUCAGGUUUUCCCUCCCCUCCCUUCCCUUCUCCUUCUCUCUCGCAGUCUCCUUCUCUCUCUGUAUCUCUUUCCCUUCUCUCUCGCUUUCUCUCUCUGAAUCUUCUAUUCUUCCGCUUCGCAUUAUUUUCUACUCCUCCUCUCCUAUCUGUCGCCAUUUUUCUGUUUUUUUUUUCUCGCAUUUGGUAUGCUUUGAAUGACUAGCUGCUGCGCCGAGAAGAAUGCUGAGGGUUCGAUUCGGAUAUCCCCUUUGGCUGGCUGCCCUCUCGAUGCUCUUGCCUGUGUUUAUUGUGUUGUUCUAUUGGAUUAGUGCUCGAUUCUUUUGAUUGUUCUAUUCCUUUGUUUGUGGUUUAAGAGCAAUGGCGCUUUCAUUUUUCCGAUUUCCCUUUAUUCGGUUAUUUGUUCUCUUGCCCGCUGUUCUGUGGGGGACUUUUGUUGCUGGUUGUUUCUCCUUUAUGUUGCUGCUGGAUUGCGUCGUCCUGAAGCGUAUGCUUGAUUUUGCUUGACUGCGUCGUGUAGUUUCUGCAGCCGUCCCAGGUCUGAGUUUUCCUUGUUCAAGGGUUUCCUGCCUCUUUUUGCUUUUUUACGUCCUAUAGGCCUAUGAUUGAAUGGGAGUCUGUGGCUGCAAUGCCUGCAUUCUUGCUCGUUGAUGUUGAUUUGCUUGUGGUGGCCGUUAAACCUGUUCGAUUCUUGUCAACUUUGAUGAUUUUGUUCUCUGAUUGGAGUUUCCUUUCGUGUUUGGAAUAGGUUGCUGGCUCUGUGAUUAUCAAGGAUUGAUUCUGCAGUAAUAGGCGAAGACUGAGGAUUUUUUCUUUCUUUCUGGGAGGCUUGGAUUUUUCGUUUUCUUUCUUCUCUUGUUAGGCUUAGGUUUACUGAAUUUGAUAUUCGUAAGCAAUUAUGACAAAUAGAUGGGCUGAUUCUGUUGGUGGCUCUGGAUCUGACAACAAUUCUGGCCCACGCACUGGUCGUGCUGCCUACGUUCCACCCCACCUUCGCAACAGACCACCAUCAGCUGAUUCUGCAGCUCAGCCCUCUCCUGCUCCAUCACCUGCUAAUGACCGUGUAGGUUAUGGUGGACCCCCCCGCUGGGCUGGGGGUGCUAGACCAGACCCAGGUAGAGGGGGAUCUGGGUAUGGCGGCAGAAAUGCUGGUGGUUGGAAUAGUAACACGGGUGGGUGGGAACGCGGUAGAGACCGUGAGGUGAACCCAUUUGGUGAAGAAGAAGAAGAUGCUGAGUGUGCAUCUAGCGGGCAAGAGACAACUGGCAUUAACUUUGAUGCAUAUGAAGAUAUACCUGUGGAGGCAAGUGGGGACAAUGUACCUCCUCCUGUAAAUACCUUUGCAGAGAUAGACCUGGGCGAGGCAGUAAAUGCAAACAUAAGAAAAUGCAAGUAUGUGAGGCCAACACCAGUUCAGCGUAAUGCAAUCCCCAUAUUGCUUGCUGGGCGUGACUUGAUGGCCUGUGCUCAGACUGGUUCGGGAAAGACUGCUGCCUUUUGCUUCCCAAUAAUCAAUGGGAUAAUGCGUGAUAACCUCGUACAGAGACCGCGUGCUCCAAGAACAGCUUUCCCACUGGCUCUUAUACUCUCACCUACAAGAGAACUCUCUUCUCAGAUACAUGAUGAAGCCAGGAAAUUUGCUUAUCAAACUGGUGUUAGAGUGGUUGUUGCUUAUGGCGGGGCGCCAAUUUCACAACAGUUGAGGGAACUUGAAAGAGGAGUUGAUAUUCUUGUAGCAACUCCUGGGCGGUUGGUAGACUUGCUUGAAAGGGCCAGAGUGUCCUUGCAAAUGAUCAAAUACUUGGCACUUGAUGAGGCUGAUAGGAUGCUGGACAUGGGGUUUGAGCCUCAGAUCAGAAAGAUAGUGGAACAAGUGGACAUGCCCCCAUCUGGGAGGAGACAGACAAUGCUUUUCAGUGCCACUUUUCCUAAAGAAAUACAGAGACUUGCAUCAGACUUUCUGGCAAAUUACAUAUUCUUGGCUGUUGGAAGGGUUGGGUCCAGUACUGAUUUGAUUCUCCAGAGAGUUGAAUAUGUUCAAGAUGCUGACAAGAGAAGCCACCUUAUGGACCUUCUACAUGCACAGAAACAAAGUGAAGCUAAUGGCAAGCAAUCCUUGACAUUAGUGUUUGUGGAGACUAAGAAGGGUGCUGAUUCCCUGGAGUACUGGUUGUGUCAAAAUGGGUUCCCUGCUACAACAAUUCAUGGUGAUAGAACUCAGCAGGAAAGGGAGCUUGCAUUGAGGUCAUUCAAGAGUGGAAGGACGCCAAUCCUAGUGGCAACUGACGUGGCAGCUCGUGGUCUUGACAUACCACACGUGGCUCAUGUGGUCAACUUUGAUCUCCCCAACGACAUUGAUGAUUAUGUCCACAGAAUAGGGCGUACAGGAAGAGCUGGGAAAUCUGGCCUGGCUACGGCUUUCUUCAACGACCACAAUAUCUCGUUGGCGAGAUCACUGGUUGAGUUGAUGCAAGAAGCCAACCAAGAAGUUCCCAACUGGCUUGUUAGAUACGCUUCACGGGUUUCUUAUGGGGGAGGCAAGAAUCGAAGAGGCGGAGGAGGGCGGUUUGGUUCUAGGGAUAUCAGGAGGGAAGGGUCCUUCAACAGGGGUGGUGGUGGUGGAGAUUACCAUGGUGGAGGGAACAGUGGUGGUGGUGGUUAUGGGGGCAUGUCUGGUGGUUACGGGGGCGGCGGCAUGGGUCCUGGGGCACCCAGUGCUUGGGAUUAACCGGAUGACUCCUUGAGUAGCCCUUUAUUGUUGUUUGAGGAAGUAUAUGGGACCGUACAUGUCCUCAAGCUGGCGUUUCUCAAGUUCAAGUAUGAAAAAAUUUCUGGGUCUCUGUAGUAGUGGGCUCUAUUAGGGUUCUAACAAUGGACGAGUUGUGUAUUUUUGAAGUGUUUUUUAUUUUAUUUUGGGAGCUGAAUAGGGUGGGUUUCUUCUAUUAGUCCAUGAUGAUGAUAUCCCCCGACUGGAACUGAAUUUGUACCCUUUUAGUUGUAGGGUUUAACCAGACUACUACUAUAUGGAACAGAAUUAUUAGCCCACUUCACCAUUCCUGUUCCAGAACGAAGCCAAU